CUUGUAGUUCGUCUUCUUCUUCUUCUUCUCAAAUUAGCUUUUUUCCUUAUUAUUAUCUUCCUCCUCACGCGUGAGAUUCGUUGUGGAUAUAAUUAUUUCUUCUCCUUAAUUCUCUGGUUUUACUUUUUUUUUUUCCAUGAUCCGAUUUUAAGGGUUUUUUUCUGGGUAUAUCUUUCUCUUUUGUUCUUUCUGCAUCAAAAGUUUUCUGAGAUCUCUGAAGAUUAAUCUUUGGAUUUCGAAAUUGGAGAACUAGGGUUUUAUUGCGGUGCUAGGGUUUCGAAGAGCAUAAGAUAAAGAAUGCCUUCGGUGCCCUCAAAGCUACUUGUUCUUCUUCUCCUUUCUUUGACACCUUCGUUGACUCCUUAUCAUUCUGGUUUGAGUUCUUCUAAUCGUUCGAAACCUUUUGAAAAGUGUGAUUGGCGUGGUAAUCUUAGUUAACAUAUUCAGAUUCCUUCUUCCCCUCUCCUCUCCUUUUCUUUUUUUUUUACCCUUUUCCCUCUCUCAUUCUCGGAUACACAAUCUUUGAUCCAUCUCUGGUGUUUUCAUUUUUGGCGGUGCUCCAUUUUGCAACCCAAUAAAGCUUUUAGUUGGAUAUGAGCUCUGUUUGUGGCAAGUUGGAUUUCAAAGAUGCAAGCUUUGAGAUCUCUGCUUCUAGUCCCACACAAUGUUGUUCUAAAGGCUCCAAGCAUACCUCGUUUACUGGAUCUGAAGAUUCUCAGGAGACUGAUGGAGAUGAAACUGGUUAUAUACACCAAACUGUAAAUGAAGACACUACUUAUGAUAAGGAUUCCAGCAAAUCCACUUUAAGUCCCAACUCUUCUGAUGAUGAAGACAAGGAUGAGAACCUUACGACUACACCACCAGUUGUUCUCAUCCCAGCCAUAAAAGGCAGUCGAGAGAAGCAUGGCUUCUCACUGAGGAAGACGAGUGUUUCAUGGGCGGCAGAUGUGUAUGAUCCUCCUCCCUCCAUAGCCUCCCACACAAGAAGCAAGAAACAGCAGCAGAAACCCAAGAUCAAAGACAACCAUAGGAAGACCGGAAAGAAAGGACAGAAGAGUAAAGACAACUCUUCCUCGCGUGGUGGCAGCAGCAAAGACAAGAAGAAAGCUUCUCGCAAACACAGCUGCGAGAAAUUUGAAUGGGUAACUCAGAUGCCUUUAGUUGCAGCAUCUUCUUGAAUGGCAUUGGCUUACUAAUUUCAUCACAUCUAUGAGCUUGGCCACCUCUUGUCUAAUAAUCAUCCAAUCUCUGUGCUGUUUCUUGUUGAAUUUCAUAACUUUUCUUAUGUGUAAUAGAUGAUCCGUAAAAGUAUUGUAAUCGUUUGUUGCUUCUACUUUAUUCUUUUUUGGAUUUAGUUUCCCUCUGAGUUUCAAACCUUUAUUAUGUGUAAUAGAUGAUCGAUCAUACCUAA